AUGGACGAACUCGUUCGCCAUUGCCUCCGCGAGCUCUCUUUCGAUGGCGACCUCGGGUGUGAUGUCUCUCGCUUGAGGGACUUCAUCACAGAAUUUUACGCCCGCCCGGGCGCAGGGGGCACCCAGAAGCAGAACGUGGACGACGCAUACUGUGCAUUCGUAUGGUCCGUUAUCGUGCAACAGCCUGGGGUGCGCAUCGGAACGGUGCCGCCUGGUACACAUGCGGAGGUUUAUAUCGCCCCGCAGGCGAGCGCCAUCCGCAAAGCAAAGGCGAAAGCGACGGGCGAACAGGCCGCAGAGGAAGUGGCAUCGGCCAGCGCACUCGAGCUGAUAGAGGAUGCGACUAUUCGGUCACUCGAGGACCUUCGAAACGAGUACGGGGAUCGGCUGAGGAUUGCGGCUGAUCCUGAGACCACGUUUGCGGCUCUCACAGGCUCGCACAUCCGGCCUUCGAAACUGACUGGGAUGAUAUACACCGGCCUCCAGAUCGUUACGCGUGGCAGAGAACAAGGUGUUAGCGUGCUCGACUUGGGCAAGAAGUCGGGGUACGACCAGAAGACGUGCUUCUACGUCAUCAAGCAGCUUGUCGAACUUGACCUUGUUGUAAAGCUCCGCCGCCCGGGCAUCAGCACGAACCUCUGUGUGCACAAGUACUUCUACGAGCGUAGUCCGAUAUGGCAGCAGGUCGCGCAAGAGGAGAAGAAAGCCGUCUCUGCGGAACAGGCACAAGACGAGGAUGCAGUAUCAGAGGAAGAUGACGACCAGGACGAGACGAAGCCGCUUGCCCCGGUCCACUUUGACCCGAUCGACUCGCGCCAUCUCUCGAGCAUGCCUCUCCUGAAGUCGCGCCUGACGAAGCUUCUGAAGAACUGCCCGCAUUAUAUGCACACUUCGAGCAACAUCAUGCUCAAGAUCGGCUUUGUCAAACCAUCGAGGACAGACCGGAGGUUCUUCCGUAGCCGUCUCCGCGAGCUGAUGGAGCAAGGCGUGAUCGAGAAGGUGCAUGUGCCUCACGCGGACAGGAAGAAACACCCCGACAGGAAAGUGCCGUGCAUCCGUCUCAUCAACGAGGAUGCCGAAGCGCAGACCCAGGGCGAAGUCGUGCCAAUCGCAGACGAUGACUUCGAAGGGCCUAGCGCAGGGGAGACAGGCCUGAAGGUGAACGUCUCCCUGCACCGACAAAUGAUCGACCUCCUCGCCGAGUCCGGCGAGAAGGGUAUGACGCUGAACGAGAUCUCCGCCGCCCUCGGAGACUUCGACAAGCGCACCGUCGAUCUGCUCCUCAAUCGGCUCGAGAAAGACCCCCCACCCGCGCACCUCGCCGACCUGGGCGUCGCGCAGCUCGCGGAGACGCACGGGCGCGAGCGCCGGUACAAGUACUACACUGUCGCGCACUAUCGCGCGAUCGCAGAACGUGAGGGUUUCGAGGACAAUGUGUACGGCGCGGUCGACCUCGCGGGUGUGGGUGGCUUUCUGCCCGUCGAGGCGGACGCCUUCUAUGAGGGCGAGGCGGAUCUCGUGGCGCACAUCGGGAGGCUCACGGUCACGAAGCGCGACACUCCUGCGUCGACCAAGGGGAAGCAGAAGAAACGGGUCAAUCCGAUCUUGCCGGAUGGGUCUGUCAAGAAAGGGCGGCCGCGGAAGUCUGCGGCUGCAGAUGGUACGCCGGCAUCGACCAAGAAAGGCAAGAAGCGGAAGAGGGAGGAGGACGAAGAUGGGGGGCAGGAUGGCGUUGCUACAGUGGACGAUGGGACAGAAGAGCCACCGCCGAAGAAGAAGAGAGGUCGUCCACCCAAGAAGGCUGCGGCGGCAACUCCUUCUGCUGCUGGAGUCGCCGAAUCAGCUUCAGCUACCCCGUCUGUGGCCAAGAAGAGAGGUCGCCCUCCGAAGCAGAUUGCGAACUCGGACGAGCAGGGAGGCGCAUCCGCAAGUGCUUCAGGCGGGCCGUCCUCACAGCCACCCGCUCCCAAGCGUCGUGGACGUCCCCCAAAGAAGUCUCUACUGCCAGCAGAAGAGGACGUCUUCGGAACAGCGUCAGCAAUGGCUGGUCCUGAGGCUGGUCCAAGCACUGUCCCUGUGGCGGAUUUGCCAGAGGUCCUCCCUUCGGCGCAGGCUGGUCCAUCCUCCCCGCUAUCCCCUAUGCACGCUUCUCCUCCCCGUGAAUCAUCACCGACCCCAGCCGGAAGACCUACUAACGACGCCCGCGUUACGGGUCCAACCUCUGCUCCAGAAGCACAUUCCGUACCUGCAGAGGAAAGUCUUUCGCUGGCCGGCACAGGGGCAGCCCCGGAAGCUACCUCUGAAAGCUCCAGUAUGGCUGUUCGUCGCUCAGCUCGGACCCCAAAGGUGCGAAAACGCGGCGACUCGCUGUCACCCGCCAGGAACACUCGACCCCCACCCCGCGGUCAAUCCUCUGCGGGUUCAGCCCCCCAGGGUAUAAACGUCGAAGAUGCACAGGGGGAUACUUCCGCGGCUGCUAGCAUGCCAGCAGUCGUCGAUGACCAGCAACCAUCCAUAGUCGAUGGCGUUUCCGCCGUUAAAGCCAGCGUUAUGGGCCCGCAGGAUCACCUUCCGUCCAUCGCGGAGUUUCAAUCGACUGAAGCCAGUGCAUCUCAGGACAUGUCCGUUGAUGUUGUGCCGAGUACGGACCAGGUUUCUUUCCUAGACUCGCAUGGACACUCCUUGAUCGCUAUGACUCCUGAGCCUGAGGUCCCUGGCGAUGGCAUGAGCAUCAGCCAAGGCCCUUCGAAGAAGAGGGAACUCCCGGAAACGGCUUCCUCUCAGCCACAAUCCAAGAGGACGAAGUCGGGCCAGACUGACGGAAGCCGAUUCCGCUCGAAGGCCAACAUCUCGCAAUCCCGCCGCGAGAACGAGAUACUGCGGCUCUUGGCUGAGGCGGGAAACAUCAUGAACACUAGCUGCAAAGAGUUUUAUGAGGCACACGCUGCGCUAGUGGAGACCAUUACAAAGGCUGGGGAGGUCGCCAGCACGCGCCCCGGGACGAAGAUCGACAAGCGGACGCUCGAGGCUACGCUAACCGCGUUAGAAUCUAAGGGCAAGGUCAAGAUCGUGUCUACCAGCGUGCCUAACCCGACGGGAAGCACUCGCCAAGUCCGCGUGGUAUACCUUCCCGAGACAACUGCUGAGGCGCUGACCAUCUUCCUCUCGGACUUGAGCGAGGCUGUGCAGCCCAUCUAUAUGCCGAUUCUGAAGACCUUGGAUGAGCCAGUGGCCUACGGUGGUGCACGGAUCAAGUCUCAGGCCAAACCCCAUCCGUCAGUGGCGUUGAAUCACGAUGAAUCGCAGGAGCAACGAGAGGCGAACGCGUCGGAGCUCUUCCUACGGGACGAUCAGACGAUUCGCGACGCCCUUCUUGCUGAGAAAAAUACGGUCGCGCAGCUAUAUGGGUACAUUGUCGGCAAGGCUGCGAGGGCGCGAGCUCUCCACAUGCUCACGGUCGGCAUCUUCGAAAACGGCUCACAGUCCACUCAGGUCGUCUCACCGACGAGCCGCAUCAUGAACCUCUCCUACUACUACACCGAUAUCUCCAUCUCGGGGUACUGUUCGCUCGUCACGGUGACACAGCCCAUCGAGGAGCUUGGCAAGCUCUUGGAGACCCCGGAAGGCCAGGCAACCCCAGUGCGGGACUUACACGAAGGCCUUUACAACGCGCUCACGCCAACGCACACCAAGUCUCGCGCGCGGAUCCUCGUCCUGCUAGAUAUGCUGCGGGUGCUUGGUCUCGUCACUCCCCUCGUCCCUUCCGAUUCUCCCGAACCCAUCAUUACCUGCACUCCGGCCUCCGAUCACCCUGCCGCCUAUGAUAUCGCGCCUCCUGGGCCGUAUACGCCCUCCACUGCACCCAUUUACUGGCGUUUCAACGAUAUCGCGCCGAUCCGCCUCUGGGCGCUCCCUCAGGGGCUCUCAGUCUUUUGGAAGGUGGCCGCUGUUUCGUCUAGCGAGGAAGCCAUGGCCUUUUGGGGAGACUCGGAGAAGAUCAGUCUCGAUACUGCGUUCGCCGAAGGGAUCUUGGGUAGUGGCCCCCCUCCAGCCGAGGAGGUACCUGAAGAGGUGAAGGCCGUGGCUAAGACGUUGCGGCGUUCUAUUUCGUGGAGCGCGACAUACAGCCUCUCGUGGUACCAGACGGAGUAUUUGCGCAAGUACAUCGACCCUGCCACAGGUGACACUCCGCUCGAGAAGCCAGACGGGGGCGCCGCCGAUCUCAACAAGCUCUCGUGGAUCAUUAGUGCUCACAAGGACGUGAUCGCGGGCCACUUUGCUAAAGCUCGCAAGAAGCACCUACGCGACCUGAAGAAGGUGCAGACGCGCGUCGCCAAAGGGAAGCAGAAGGCGGGCGACGACGCAGGGGCCGUCCUCGCGCGACGCGCAGCCGAAGCGAAGGAGCAGCGCGAGCGCGACUGGGAGGAAAUGCUCCAGCGCGUGCACCCUGGAGAGCUCCGCACCGCGGCAGCGCAGCGCAUACAAAGGGUGAAGACGAAGUUCAUGCAGGGUGCGGGCAAGCCGAGUGAGAAGUGGGAGGGCAAGAUCAGGGAUGCUAUUCGGGAGGCUGAUUUGGUCGCGGAGAAGCUGCUGCCCGCCUCGCACACGUCGGGUCUCCCUCCGAUGCCUGUAGCGAAGCCCGUGCUUCCGGCGCCUGUGGUCACUGCGACGCAGGAGAAGGACGUGGAUGAGCUCAUUGCCGCACAGGGGCAUCGCGCACAGCAGGAGGCCCGUGUCAAGAAGACGAAGAAGGGUAAAGAGAAAGAUACAGGCGAACCUUCGGGCCAAACACCUCGCCGGCACCGUUUCCUGUGGAACCGGGACUACGACGAGCUUGCACGCGAUGCUUCCGCGAUCAUCAAGGCGCGCUGCAGGGAUGGCACGCGUCUCGAUUGGGGCGCACUAGAGCAGGUCUUCCCUGCGGUGCCACGAAACUCAGUGCGCCAACGCCUCGUCCACCUCAGGGAAGUCCCCGGAACAGACACGUACCUAGCCCGCCUGGAGGAGAAGUGGCGCGAGCUGUGGCUUCAACAUCGCGGGACAGACGUCCUUCCAGAUGAUGACCCGACGAGCGCGGGCAACUUCGAUCUCGCGGCGCACGUUAAGUUCCUGCGGAAGCAUAUUGACAAGAACGCGAUACGCGUCGGCUUCGUCGAAGUGCAGGCCACUCAGAGCACUGUACUGCCGGCUUCUGUAGAAGACCUCGAGGCCGCUUACGAUGUAGUGGAGAAGGUGCCCACCGCACCUCCCUGGGACUUUAUGUGGAGCGUCAUCGCGGAGGAGGGCCGCGAGAAGCAGUUUGCGCAGCACGCCUUCACAGCGGACGUGGGGGACAUGCCGCCCACGGCCCCAUACGAGUCGGAGUGGAUCCAAAUCGCGGACGCCGCUGUCAAGAUGACACUUGGGAAUCCGAACGAGACGUACGAUCCUGAUGUGGCGUCCCAGCUGCUCAAGAGCGUGGGUCAGGAAUCUGUGAGGGUGGCAACAACUGAACUGCUCAACCGUGGCGUGCUCGCGAAGACUGUCCGCGACCCGGCGAAGUCGAAACCUGGACGCACAUUGAAGAUCUCGGACAACAACCAGAACGCACUGGGAGGGCAGUUGCCGCGCGAGGUCUUCCAGGACGCAUCGGCACUGGAAGAGCUCGUCGAGCAGCAGGAAGACACGUCCCAGUGUCAGGAUUGGUCGCUCCUGGCCAGCGACGGCGACACCGCCUUCCUCAUCGAACUGGCCUCCGAAAACAAGGUCCGCUUCGACGUUGACACGGCCCAUCCGCGCUCUAUGCGUGCGAUCAUUGACUGGAAUAGCAAGAAAGCUGACGAUGAUGACAUUGAGACGGACAUCCGUGUGCGUUACCUCGACAUUGCGGGGCCUCCAGCGCCCGAGCUGCCCGAGCCCGAAGUCGCCGCAGAAGCUGCGAACACCGACGUCCAAAUGCUGUUAGACGUGCCCUGUGAGUCCGAGCAUGGGAAGACGGCGGAUGGCGAUCCCGCCUAUUGCCGGCGUGCGACAGAGGACCUCGUCGACUGCCAAGCCUGUCUCUCGCAGGCAGAGGCGUCGCUCCUGACGCACGAGCUCAACGAACAUGAAAAGGUCGCUGCUGAGAAGCUUCUGGCUGUGCUCCGCGACGCGGGCGCUGCGGGCAUUACAAAACGACAACUUCUCGUUCAGUUGGACGCCUUUCCGGCAGCUGCGGUCAAGUCCGCCAUCCAGCGCGCGACAGACGCGCCUGUACCGCUCGCCCACUGGACAGGGUACGCUGCGGUCGCGCUCGUUUCUGCUGCGUAUAUUCGGCCCUGGACGGUCGUCGUGCCCGCACCCGAAAAUCCAGAGCCAGACGCGGACCCGCGCACGAAGCGAAUGAUAUUCCCGCGGCGGUGGCUGGACAUCUACGGGCGGAAGCUCCACGAGGUCUGGGAGGCCGCACUGCGCGCCGCCGUCGCGCUCGUCCUGCUGCGCCCGGGUAUCUCACAGGCCGAGAUCCGGUGGAGGCUGCGCGCCGCGUACGACCGCCAGGAGGUGGGUGAGGUUUUACGAGCGCUGCAGGAGGAAGGCUGUAUCGUGCGUCGUCGGAUGGGUCCGCACGAGUGGGCUGUGGAAGUCGGACCCGCCGACGAUGCGGAGGAGCGGGCUACGUUCUGGUUCCUUGCAAGUGGAAAUGGGCGAAGAUGGUACCAAGUGUAGAUUAUUGUUGUGAUCAUGUUGUUGUAGCUUCGUCGUGCGGUAAUCAUUUUCUG